AUGUUCCCAAGAAGAGCUCGAACGAUCUUGCACUUCAAUCAGAUAAUUUCAAAACGUUGCAAUGCGAAAAUCUCAGCUACAAACGAGUUGAAAAACUACCCUUGUGCAUUAUACUCAACUGGGUUGGGUUAUGUUGGGCUACCAAGAAGGCUCAGCAAGUCUGAUAAAAAGCCAUGGGUAACUGAUAUCAAUGAAGUGAAACGUAAAGCUAGAUUGGAAAAGAAAGAGAGAAGAGUAGUUAGAGAGGUCACUUUAAGCCCUCCCGAAAAUGGGCUGUUGGUAAAAGAACUAAUACCAGUUGCUCACGAAGUUUUAGCUGCCAGAAGUGAGUUAUUCACUUGCAUAUCCAUACUUGCUGAUAGCAUUCCUAUUCAUUCUUGCAGUGUUUGUGGAGAAGUUCAUGUGGGCAGUCCACCCCACCAAAUUAGAACAUGUAAUGUAAGCGGUAGUAAGAACGACAAAGAGCAUACUUGGGCUAGUGGUGGCAUUGAGCACGUAUUGCCCAUCGUGGAAUCUUUUCAUCUGUAUGAUAGGUUGGGAAGAGCCGUUUCCCAUAAUGAGCGGCUACAAGUGGAUCGAAUUCCAGCUGUCGUGGAACUGUGCAUUCAGGCCGGUGUGGACAUUCUCGAGUACCCGACAAGAAGAAGAGAAUUCCCUGUUUACUGUGUUGCUGGGAGGAUACUAGAUUUUGAAAAGAGGUUCUCCAAAAAUGAUUUAUCCCGAAAGGACAUAGACACGUUCGGCUUUUGGGAGAUGGCAAAGAGGUUGAAUGACAGUGGAAGGUCUUCAAAUUUCCCUCAUAAGGAUCUGAAAGGUAUUGCAGCGCAAGGCAUGGUAGCGUGGGAAAAAAUGAGGUCAGGAGUCAUUGAACUUAUGCAGAAGUAUGCUGUCAAAACAUGUGGGUAUUGUUCGGAAGUCCAAGUAGGGCCUAAAGGGCACAGGGUGAGGCAAUGCCUGGCAUUCAAGCACCAGAUGAGGGACGGGCAACAUGCCUGGCAAGAAGCAAUUAUAGACGAUCUUCUUCCACCCGUGUAUGUGUGGCAUGUUCAACGUUCGCAAGACAGACUUUUGGUCGAUGCUUUGAAGAGGUAUUACGGACAGUUGCCCGCAGCAGUUGAAUUGUUUUCACGAGCUGGAGCUGAGGUUGGGACGAAAUACAGUGGUAUGUGGGGAGAUGUAGUAGUACCUGGAUUAGAUGAGGAAAGGUUGGUUGUUUGA